ACACACACACACACACACACACACUUCUCUCCCUCUCCCUUUUGCUCCCUCUUUAUCCUUAACAGUGAGGUGCAGCUGCUUUAUCCAGGCCCGCAGAACGUGUUUACAUGUAGCGCUGCUGUGGAUACCUUCGUCCCCGAGAGAGAGAGAGAGAGAGAGAGCGAUGUUCCGUGAGGAACAGGGACGCGGUCUGGAGAGAGAGCCUGCAGGAUCCCCCGAGUUCCUACACAUCAAGGGCUGACCGCUCCUGGCCCCCAGAGUGAGAUUCCAUGCCUUCAUAAAUGCAAGUACAGUGGAAACAGAACCCUGCUGUUGUGGAAGAUUUCAAAACAUGCUGACUCCCUGGAAGCUUCUCCUUUGCCAAAUGGCAAUGAAUAUACUCUACCACGUCGUAAAAGCCAGCCUAUGCCUUGGUGGGCAGGAUAUUUUUGCCUCUGUUCGAGAGAACAGUCCGACAGGGGAGUUUGUUGCAAACAUCAACAUGGAAGGAAACCCUGGAACCACUACUGUUCGACUGUGCCUCACUGGAGAGAAUGCUAAUUGGUUUUUCCUAGAGGGGCAAAGUAUCAGACUAAACUCCUCUUACACUAGGGGUUUAGAUCGGGAGGCUCUGGGGUCAGUACUAAUGGCAUUCUUGACAUGUUAUGAGGAUGACAUAGUACAGAGUGAAUACAGAAUCAUGGUUGAGAUCUUGAAUGAAAAUGACAAUAAGCCACGGUUCGUGGAGAAAACAAUACAACCCCUGUACAUAACUGAGCUUACUGCAGUAAACUCGGAAGCUUUUGCUGUGAAGGCCAAGGAUGCUGAUGGUGACACAAUUUUAUACAUUCUUGAUCGCACAUCGCCUGAUGCUGACUACUUCAGAAUAGACUUGCCCAACAGCGGCAAAGUCAUCCUGGACAAGCCUCUGGACUUUGAGACAAAGACUCAGCUGGAGGUGGUCAUAUAUGCAGUGGAGAUGAACACAAGGGAAAAGUACAACACUACUGCGACGUUGAUUGUGAAUGUUCUGGACGGGGAUGACCAGUACCCAGUAUUCUUGCCAUGCACUCCCAUAUCACGACACCAGGAUGACUUGAUCUGUACCAAUCCCUUAUACACUGUCAACAUCACAGAAAAGGAACAGGACAGUGUGUUACAUUUUGCUCCCGGUCCCAUUCGCGCUGAAGACGGAGACAAAGACAUCAGAGCUCUUAUAGCCUACAGCCUGCUUUCAGGUGAUGAUCAUGGACGCUUCAUCAUUGACAAUGCGACUGGACAGAUCACGCUGACCAGACGUGUGGAAAACAGACUGCUGACACCCAACUACACAUUACGCAUUAUGGCUGCUCAGAAGAAUGACCCAAAGAAGUACACUGUGGCAACAGCACUUGUGCACGUUCAAGCUGAUAACCACUUUCAGCCCCACUUCAACAAAACCACCUACAAGGGCUUUCUCAUAGAAAGCUCCAGUCCUGCAACACUGGUCUCCACCUAUGGCAAUGACGUCCUGAUGGUCCAAGCAAUUGACCGGGAUUUCAGAGAUGGAGUAAAUCCUAGGAUGGCGUAUUCCAUCCAACCAAAGGGCUCGAGCACUAAUCUCUAUCACAUAACACAGGACGGAUUCCUGAUUGCAAGGACUGACCUCCUCCAAGCAUUUGACAGACACAUUCUCAAGGUGGUUGCCAUGGACCUGGAGACUGGUGAGACUGCUCAGACUUCAGUUGAUAUAGAAGUUCUCCAGAAAGGCCAAUCAGUUCCCCGGAGUCAGUUUGGAGAGGAACGGCUGUUUGGUGACAUGGACGCAGGCCUAGCCGGUGGCAUCGCUGGGGUAAUUCUCCUGUUGGCUGUGGCGGCACUGUGCCUCCUCAUACGGAUUGCGAGGAGGUGGAGGGAUAGGCAGGACCCUGGAGAGAGAGGCUCUGUUGCCCUAGGGAAGCAUCCUAAUGUGAGCUUAAGGUGGUACCAGAUGGUGAAUUCUGGACGCCCAGUGCCCCUUAUUGAAGAGUUCUCCUACAACAAUGAAGCAUACCAUGACAAUGAAACUGACUUUAACAGUCUUUGUGGGAAGGAAGGAAUUUACACUAAAAGCAAUGACAUUUCUCUACGCCCAACCUCACUCAAGCAGUUCAGAUACAGAGAACCCAAUCAACACAGGAAUAAUAACAACAUGCUUCCUAUUCUAGUCAUGCCAGAACCACUGUCCGAUGUACCAUCCUCAUCUAUUUUGACCAAUGGAGAGGUCAGGGAGAAAUUCCUUGAUAAGUCGGCCUCUUUCAGUGAAGGGACCUACAGAGGGGACUGGGAAGCCAGCUCGCUAGGCCAGAGCAGAAUAAAGAGAUUAGAAAGGCGCCACACCGCAGGCAGAAUGGAAGGCAGGGGAGACAGUUCAAUAUUAACUCAAUUCUGCAUUACAUCCAGUAUUUAUGAGAGACGCCAAUGCAUGGAGAGUGAAAAUAGUGACGAUGAAGUUCUAAUGAUUGAUAAUUCAACAUCAAAGCUUAUAGCCGAAUGUCAGGAGAGCCGCGAAUGUUGUGCCAGCGAUGACAUUGAGGAGGAGGAGAUUAUAGAAGAGGACGGUAACAAGGAGAAGGAGGAAGAGGAGGAGUUCAUGGAGCCUACGUUUUACAGUGCUGAUGAGGAAGACACAAUGCUAGAAGACAGGCCAAGAAUUACAUUUCAGUUCAAGAGACCCAAGCCACCCAGGGCUCAUAAGGAAUUAUUAUCAACACCUAAACAUGAGGACUCCCAAGCCAAUAACAACAACCAAACAUCUGUAUCAAUUCCAAAGGAGGACGCUGAAGUACAAGGGGAUCAGGAAGCGGAUCCUUCACAGACACAAUUUCUGUGCAUUGAAGACAAUUCUGCUGAUGUUGAAGUUUAAGUGUUUACAAAAAAAAAAUCGGUUCAAGCCAAAACGAAUGUGAAUUGUGUUAAUAUCGGAGUAGGCUACAUAUUCUAAACAGAGUAAUCUGGAAAGGGAAUAUAGUUUCUAUGAUGGAAUGAUGAAUGAAUGAUGAACUUAUGACAGAAACUUGUGUCUUCUGUGGAAUGAGCAUAAUCAGUCAGCCUUAAUUUGUGCAAUACCUGUGUGACCAUAUGACAUUUCAAACUAAAUGUGUAAAACUGUCAUGGGUCAGAGAACUGUCAAAAGAUUAUUUAGACUUGAAUGCAGUCCUAUAAAUAUGAGGAAAAUUAACAAAAUGAUUUAGAUAUAUGAAAAUCCAGUUCAUAUCUUAUGAAUGUUUUGAUUAUAUAUUGUGACUAUAUACAGUAUAUUUUGUGUUUUAUAUAUGUGUGUGUCAAUGAUUUAAGUUGUAAAGGAACAACAGAACAUUGAUAUGAUCUUUGAUCAUACACUUAAUUUUUUAAUAAAGUGAGUUGAUCAGAUCAAAGAUCCAUUGAUUGCUGUGGUAAAUCAAACCUGUUGAUUUCCACGAGUCUGAAAGCUUGAAUGAUCAGCGCUAUGUGCUGAACAAAUUCCAUCA